UUGUGAUGCGAUUGAAUUGCUUUUGUUGAAAAAAGUCUAUUUUAUCUUAUUGUUUCAAAAACUUAUAAGACUACCUUUGGAUUUCGAAACCAUGACAUUAUAGUAUUUUAAAAAUUAUUUCAUUAAUAAUUAAGAACUAUUAAUAUUUUUUAUACAUCAUUAUUAUAGACUCUUAUAAAACAUAAAAUAAUUUAGCAACCGUUAGCUAUUUCAGAAUUAUCUAUAUUUUUCUCAUUAAUGUUAUGUUUCCGAUUAAUGUUGUGUUCCUAAUGUUUAAAAAUUAUAAAAUUAUAUUAUUUUGGGAUAAAAUUAAAGUUAUAGUGAUUUGCCGCAAUUCUGCUUUCUUCUUCGUUUUUAAGAAAUCAUUAGAAAACCCUAGAGACUAACAAGAAAAAUUGCUGAAUAAAAAAUAAUUUGCUUAGGAUUGUAUUCAAGUCCAAAUUUGAUUUAUGACAGAAAGAUCUAGAAAAUACGCAUGCGUGAAAAGAACCCUGCUCUUCUCCCCUCUUUAAAUAAGAGUGUGUAGCUCUAUCUCCUCUUCUCGACGAAUGUCUCGCCCAGUUUUAAAAGUAGAAGCAAAGCGUUCUGUUCGACAGCACUAGUGUUCGACAUUCUUAGGAGGAGACUUUAAUUCUCCUCUAUCUUCGUAUUGGAAAUGCACAGAUUUUUCAACUUACUUAUAACAAAUAAAAGAAGUUACGUCCACAUGGCAUCAUGGCAAAAACAAGAAAUAAACCCUUGGAUAUCAGAGUUUUCACGUGUUGCACAUUCACAGACAUCCACUGAAACGACGUCAUCAAUCUCAUCUUCAAUAUCUAAUAUGACACAAGUAACAAAUAUGUUUCCUCGAUCAAUAGAGUAUUGCAAUAAUAAGUCUUCGAAUUAUGAGAAGCAGGAAUACAAUUCCAAUUACGUAUCGUUGAACAAUUGCUACUAUCCUCAAUCAACAGAACGCUGCUGUAUUAAUUUUGAUAAAGUGGACAAUCAGGAAUACUAUAAUUUAUUAUACAGACAAGGUCGCACAUCCUAUUGUGAAUCAAGCAUUAAUGCCAUUGAUAUCACUUCUCUCAACUCAAUUCAUCAGGAAAAUAUUAAAUAUGAAUCGUAUACUUUGCCAAGCAUCACAUCAAUCUAUCAAUGCCAGGGCAAUACUUAUAACGGAAAUCGUGAAUCCUUAACGUCAUACAAUAAUACAGUUGCAACAAUACCGAUGACCGAAGUGAUGGAUAGAUCAUCGUCGUUAUCAGUGGAAGACUAUUCUGACCAGAUUGCAUCAAAAAUCAACCAAAAAUAUUAUAUGUCAUAUCCUGACAUGUUACAAAAGGUAUCGGAAAAAGAUUGUUUCCCGUGUGAGAACAAUUUACAAGAUAAUAUCUGCCAUUCGUCAACGGCGUCUUUGGAGUCUCAACUUCCAGGCUUCGUACGUAAAACCAACAAUAAUUCCAACAAGAAAAAAUGCGAAUGUCCUAAUUGCACUAAAAAGGAUGAGGACCCAUUUGAAAUUAGACGGCAUAUGUGUCAUGUGCCGGGAUGUGGGAAAUUAUACGGCAAGACGUCGCAUCUCAAGGCGCACAUUAGAAUGCAUAGAGGCGAACGACCAUAUUUAUGUAACUGGCUUGACUGCGAUAAGAGAUUCACUCGGAGUGACGAGUUGCAGCGUCAUUAUCGCACGCACACCGGCGAAAAAAAGCAUAGUUGUACCCAAUGUCAUAAAAAGUUCACGCGAAGUGACCAUCUUAGCAAGCAUGUAAAGACGCACGAGAAAGAAGAUAGGAAAUCUUAUGUAACCCAGACCAAGACGAGUAAGAAUAGUUUAUUCGAAAAGACUUUCGCCAAAAUAGCUUACAAAUCUAAUGACGCUUUUAGAGCCAGCGCUAGGUAUAGAUUGUUUGAGAAUUUAUCAAUAACAAGAUAAUUACAUGUGUAACAGGUGUUUUCGGCCACAUUGUUCUUGGCCAGUGCGUUGUAUAAAAAAACCUUCACAAUUUAAUUUUGCAUCGUAAUCAUUUCAUAAUCUAAUCCCACUUCAAGUCCAAUUAAAAUCGAAAUAACAUUCAAUUCUGAGAUCUUGAAACUGCACAAGUUCACGUGCUUUAUUUUUCAAAUAUUAGUCUGAUCUGACUCAUAUGUACAUACAUGUAUACGCCAAAACAAUUUAUCAUUCAAGGGUCUUCCUAAUGUGCCCACAAUUUUAUUUUACUAAAAUAAUAUUAUAACUUACAUUACGAUAUAUACGUAAUGUAAAUGAUGAAUAUUGGUAUGCGAAAAUAUAUAUUAA